AACAGAAGCCAUGCAGUGACCACCGCUAAGACUUGUUGGUAGCCAUGUCGGAGCCCCACAGGGUCCAGUUCACCUCUCUCCCAGGUCCUCUGAAUCCUGCAUUUUUGAAGAAAUCCCGGAAGGAGGAGGUUGGCGGGGCAGAACAGCCUCCGGACUCAGAGCCAGCGGCCGCAGCUGUGCGAAUCACACUCACCCUCUUUGAACCGGAUCACAAGCGCUGCCCAGAGUUCUUCUACCCGGAGCUGGUGAAGAAUCUGCGUGGGAAAGUGAAAGGCCUUCAACCUGGAGACAAGAAGAAAGACCUCUUGGAUCCUUUCAAUGAUGAAGAAAAGGAAAGGCAUAAAGUGGAGGCCCUGGCCCGAAAAUUUGAAGAAAAAUAUGGUGGAAAGAAACGUAGAAAAGACCGAAUACAGGACUUGAUUGAUAUGGGGUACGGUUAUGAUGAAUCCGAUUCCUUCAUCGAUAACUCGGAGGCGUAUGAUGAGCUUGUUCCUGCAUCUCUGACCACCAAGUACGGAGGAUUUUACAUUAACUCGGGGACGCUGCAGUUUAGACAAGCUUCAGAAUCUGAGGAUGACUUCAUUAAGGAAAAGAAGAAAAAAUCCCCAAAGAAGCGGAAGUUGAAGGAAGGUGGUGAGAAGAUAAAGAAGAAGAAAAAAGAUGACACUUAUGACAAGGAGAAGAAAUCGAAAAAGUCCAAGUUUUCCAAAGCCGGUUUCACAGCCCUCAAUGCCAGUAAGGAGAAGAAGAAAAAGAAAUAUUCUGGGGCUCUAAGUGUUAAAGAGAUGCUGAAGAAGUUCCAGAAGGAGAAGGAAGCUCAGAAGAAGAGGGACGAGGAGCACAAGCCUGCUGCGGUCUCGUCCAUGGAAGCGCAGGGCCUGCGGGAACUGGAGAGCACCCCCGACCCCCUGCUCUCUCUCUUCGGCUCCACGUCUGACAACGACCUGCUGCAGGCGGCCACUGCCAUGGAUGCGCUGACUGAUUUGGACUUGGAGCAGCUGCUCAGUGAGUCUCCAGAAGGAAGCCCCUUCCGUGAUGCAGAUGAUGAGAGCGAUUCCCUUGGGGUGGGAUUGGACUCGGAGUUCAGGCACCCCUCCUCCCUCCCUGAAGGCCUGCCCGCACCCCUGGAGAAGCGCAUUAAGGAGCUGGCUCAGGCUGCCAGAGCUGCCGAGGGGGAGAGCAGGCACAAGUUCUUCACGCAGGGCAUCAACAGCAUCCUGCUAGACAUAGAGGUGCAGACUCGGGAGCUGAGCAGCCGGACCCGCUCGGGGGUGUACGUCUAUCUCGCGUCAGUGCUGCCUCGCAGCAAGGACACCCUGCUGAAACGUGCUCGGAAACUUCACCUCCACGAACAGGGCGGGCGUCUGAAGGAGCCUCUCCAGAAGCUCAAGGAAGCCAUUGGCAGGGCGAUGCCAGAGCAGGUGUCCAAGUACCAGGACGAAUGCCAGGCACACACGCAAGCAAAGGUUGCUAAGAUGUUGGGAGAGGAGAAAGACAAGGAACAGAGAGAACGAAUUUGUUCAGACGAAGAGGAAGAUGAAGACAAGGGGGGCCGGCGGAUAAUGGGACCCCGGAAGAAAUUCCAGUGGAAUGAUGAAAUCAGGGAGCUGCUCUGCCACGUAGUGAGGAUGAAGCUGGAGAGCUAUGAUCCAGAGAGGAACAAGGCGCAGUCUUGGGAGGACUACGUGAAGGCCUUUCUGGAUGCUGAGGUCAGACCUCUCUGGCCCAAAGGCUGGAUGCAGGCCAGGACUCUGUUUAAGGAGAGCCGGCGUGGCCAUGGGCACCUGACAUCAAUCCUAGCCAAGAAGAAAGUCAUGGCCCCUUCUAAAAUCAAGGUGAAGGAGCCAGCUGCUAAGCCUGAUAAAAAGGUUUCCGUCCCAUCAGGCCAGAUCGGUGGCCCCAUCGCUCUGCCUUCUGAGCUGCAGGGAGGAAGCUUGAGCAUGGGGGCUGUGAACAGGGAGCUCUCCUCCCAGGCCUCCGGCAGCCUGGCAAAUCCCGUGCCCAUCGACCUGGAGGACUCAUUGGAUGAGGACUUACUCCAAAACUCAGCCUCCUCACUGGAAGCCAUGUCCAAGGAGCUGGCUACGCUGAAUAGCAGAGCCAGUGGGGGCUCUGAAUUCACAUUGCCUGCACCCUCAAAGGCACCUGCAGAAAAGGUCGCAGGUGUUUCAGGCACGGAAGAGAAAAGGAACUUUGCAAAGCCCAGCCCUUCUGCUCCACCACCCUCUAGCUCACUGCAGUCGCCCCUCAAUCUUCUGGCUGAACAGGCUCUGGCCCUGGGGCAGUCCUCUCAGGAGAAAAAACCAGAGAGUUCUGGCCACAAAGAGCCGUCCUGCCAGGCUCUGCUCAGCAAGAGCCUGCCAGAAGCACACCAGCCCAAAGCCAAGCACCACAGCCUGCCACGGACGCCCCAUGGGCCGCAGGCAGUGGCACCAGUGCCCAGCCCCCAGGUGAAAGUGUUCCACGCAGGCUCGCAGCAGCAGAAAAGCUUCACGCCCCCAGCUCCGUUUGUCAACAAGCUCCCAGGCCCAAAGGCGUCCUCCCCACAGUGCCAUCGCUCCCUGCUCCAGCUGGUGAAGACCAUGACCAAAGGCCAGAGCUCUCAUCCCUCCCUGUCAGCCGCCUCUGGCAGCGCUCUGGCCUCCAGCAGUGGCAGCUCUCACAAGAGCCCAGCCUCGUCCUCCACGUCCCUGAGCCAUGCAGUGAAACAGCACUCAGCCAGCCCGUUGGGGCCACCGCCAUACAAGAACAGUGCCUUUGCUGGCUCCAUCUCCAAGCACGUGGCUUCUUCCAGCAGUUCUGUGUCUGGAGGAACGCCAGCCCAGAGCUCUUCUUCUGGGAACUUGCUCCCAGGCACACAGCCUCCCUCCACGGGACAGUCGGCCAGCCGGCCAGUCCCCAGUUCAGCAGUGAAGAAGCCUCCCAUUUCCCAGAAGCUAACCCUGGUGGCACCACCAGGGGGUCCAAACGGAGACUCGAGUGGUGGGACCCAGGGGGUGGCGAAGUUGCUGACCUCCUCCCUGAAGCCCACCGUGGUCAGUAGUGUGACAUCGUCUACCUCCUUGCCAAAAGGAACCAGCGGGGCCAUGCUGCUGACCAGCACCUCGCCCUUAAACCUGCUGUCUCCGUCCUACAAGCCCAGUAGCCCCAAGUUGCCUGGGGCCAUGAACUCAAACUCGCUGGGCGUCAUCGGCUCUGUGCCGUUUCCUGUCCACGUGCUCUCCUUCCCUGCUGACCCCACUGCCAAAGCAGGGGUCUCCAAGGAUGCCAUCGUCACAGGCCCCGCCCCUGGGACCUUCCACCACGGCCUCAGCCACAGUCUUCUGGCUGGCUUGCACUCCAGCCCACACCCUGCAGCGCCCCUUCCACACGCUGCCCUGUCCACCCAUAGCCCGCAGAGCCUGCCAGAUGCAUCUCAGCUUCAUGGGAAAGGGCCUGGUGUACCACGGAAAUUGUGA